AUGCUCGGCAAAGCGUUACUGCUGCUGUUGAGCAGCCCAAUAUGCGCGUGGGCGCAGUCGGCAGCAGACUACUACGUCAAGUCGAUACCGGGACAACCGGACGGGCCUCUACUGAAGAUGCAUGCUGGUCAUGUCGAAGUAGAUGCCGAAACGAACGGCCACUUAUUCUUCUGGCACUUUCAGAACCGUCACAUCGCUAAUCGGCAACGUACCAUCUUAUGGCUCAACGGAGGACCGGGAUGUAGCUCAAUGGACGGAGCAUUGAUGGAGAUUGGGCCAUACCGUGUGAAAGACGACCAUACAUUGAUAUAUAAUAAUGGUUCCUGGGACGAAUUUGCGAACCUACUCUUUGUCGACCAGCCAGUGGGCACGGGAUUCAGUUACGUCAAUACCAAUAGUUAUCUGCAUGAUCUCGAUCAUGUCGCCGCUCAUAUGAUUACAUUUUUGGAGAAAUGGUUUGCUAUGUUUCCAGAGUACGAAAGCGAUGAUUUGUACAUUGCGGGGGAAUCAUAUGCCGGACAAUACAUUCCACACAUUGCCCGAGCCAUUGUCGAGCGGAACAAAAACAUUCAACGGAAUCAGCAACAUUGGCCCAUCAAAGGGCUUUUGAUCGGUAAUGGAUGGAUAUCACCGCGUGAUCAGUACCCUGCAAAUUUGCAAUAUGCAUACGCCGAAGGCAUUGUCAAAGAAGGCACUGCCAUAGCAAAUGAGCUUGAUGGGAUAGAAAAGAGCUGUGACGAACAGUUGAACGCUCCCGGUGCAGGCGACUUGGUUGAUAUAAGACAGUGCGAAAGUAUAUUGAAUAAGCUGUUGGAUUUGACCAGAACGUCGGACGAUCAAUGUAUCAAUGUGUACGAUAUCAGAUUGAAAGAUGCCACAUGUGGAAACGCCUGGCCUCCGGACUUGGAUCAGAUGACAGAUUAUCUGCGAAGGGCAGAUGUAGGCGCAGCACUUAAUCUGGAUAACGGAAAAGCGAAUGGGUGGACGGAAUGUAAUAAUCAGGUCACUGCGAACUUCCGCAUGGGACACAACGGCGUCCCUUCGAUCCAGCUUCUUCCAGGGUUGAUUGAGUCAGGAGUCAAGGUGUUACUCUUUAGCGGAGACCGAGAUUUGAUCUGCAACCAUCUCGGAACGGAGUCAUUGAUUCACAACAUGAAAUGGAGUGGUGGAACAGGAUUUGAGACAAAACCAGGUGUAUGGGCGCCUCGUCGUGGUUGGACUUUCGAAGGCGAAGCGGCGGGAUACUAUCAACAGGCGCGCAACCUGACUUAUGUUCUAUUCUACAAUGCCAGCCAUAUGGUACCAUAUGACUUCCCGAGACGCACGCGGGAUAUGGUUGAUCGAUUCAUCAAUGUUGAUAUCGCCAAUAUCGGAGGACCGCCCGCGGAUUCACGUCUUGACGGCGAGAAACUUCCUCAAACUUCAGUUGGCAAUACAACAUCCUCUACAUCCGGAACCGACCAAGUCGACGAAGCCAAACUCAAAGACGCCGAGUGGAAAGCCUACACCAAAUCCGGCGAAGCAGCUUUGAUAGUAGUCAUUAUCGGCGUCUCGGUCUGGGGAUUCUUUAUCUGGCGUGCUCGCCAGCGUGCCGCCAGAGAUGGCACAUCGCCCACGAAGAAAGGAUAUCGAGCUGUAUAUCAGGACGGAGUUGACAAUAAUUCAUCUACCGACGGUGCUGGACUUCUCAGUCGAUUCCGCAAUCAGUCCAACAGCAACUCCAGCCGCGACCUCGAAGCGAGAGAUUUUGAUGAAGCGGAGCUGGACUCAUUGACCCCUAACCUACAAAAUGGACAUGAAAGGGAUCAUUAUGUCAUUGGUGAAGAAGACGAGGACGAGGAUAAUGAUAUUGGAAAUGGAGCGAAAUCAAGUCUCCAUUGA